ACACGGCGCAUCUCGCAAUGAACGGUCUGGUCUGAAAGAUAGCGCGAGACACUCACUCCGCGACCACGACCGCGCGACCUCAACCGCACCAGCAAUUCCUUCUUGAAGGACAUUGAAACUUGAGACCGAGAGAUAGAAAAGGUCGAACCUUCUCAUACACUCCUCUUCCACUUUCCCACGAUCCUCCAAAAUGUGUGGGAUCCUCGCCGUUAUCCUCGCCUCCACGUCCGCGGACGCUGCGCCAGAACUCCACCAAGCCCUCUACUACCUCCAACAUCGCGGACAAGAUGCAUGCGGCAUUGCGACCUGCUCGACCGGCGGAAAGUUCUACCAAUGCAAAGGCAAUGGUCUCGCAUCGAAGGUCUUCAACGAGGGAAAGAGAGUGCAAGACUUGCCAGGAUACAUGGGAUUGGGACAUUUGAGAUAUCCAACCGCCGGCAGCAGCGCGAAUGCUGAAGCACAACCGUUCUACGUCAACUCUCCAUACGGCAUCUGCUUCACACAUAACGGCAACUUGAUCAAUGCGCCGGAAUUGAGGGAGUACUUGGACAAGGAGGCGCACAGGCACAUCAAUACGGAGUCGGACAGUGAGCUGAUGUUGAACAUCUUCGCUGAUGAGCUCAACACCACCGGCAAGGCUCGCAUUAAUUCCGCGGACUGCUUCGAGGCGUUGAAGAGAAUGUACGGAAGACUGAGAGGUGGCUGGGCAUGCACGGCGAUGUUGGCUGGAUUCGGGCUUAUUGGGUUCCGUGACUCUUACGGCAUUCGCCCGAUGGUGCUCGGCGAGAGGCCAUCGUUGGAUGUCGAAGGUGGAAUGGACUACAUGAUGGCCUCCGAGUCCGUCGCUCUCAGUCAGAACGGUUACAGCAACAUCAAGGACAUUCUUCCUGGUCAAGCCGUGAUUAUCGAGAAGGGCAAAGCACCGGUCUUCUGCCAAGUCGAAGAGCAAAAGGACUAUGCUCCGGACAUCUUCGAAUAUGUCUAUUUCGCCAGACCCGAAAGCACGAUCGACGGCAUUUCCGUCCACCGCAGCCGUCAACUCAUGGGCUACCGCCUCGCCGACACCAUUCAAAAGCAACUCGGCCCGGAAAUCCUCAAAGAGAUCGACGCCGUGAUCCCCAUCCCCGAAACCUCCCUCGUCUCCGCCUACGCCGUCUCAAAACACCUCAAGAAGCCCUACUGCCAGGGCUUCAUCAAGAACCGCUACAUCUUCCGCACCUUCAUUAUGCCCUCGCAACGAGCCCGACAACGCGGCGUCCGCGCAAAGCUCAAUGCCAUCCCCUCCGAGUUCGCAGGCAAAUGCGUCCUGCUCGUUGACGACUCCAUCGUCCGCGGCACGACCUCCCGCGAAAUCGUCAACAUGGCCAGAGAAGCCGGCGCUCGCAAAGUCUACUUCAGCAGCUGCGCGCCACCCAUCACACACGCACACAUCUACGGCAUCGACCUCGCGAGUCAAGACGAGCUGGUCGCACAUCACCGCACACUGGAGGACAUUUCCGAGCACAUUGGCGCCGACAAGGUCAUCUACCAAGACCUGGAAGAUCUCAAGUCCGCUUGCGCGCAAGCGAGUCCGAGGGAGAAUCAACGCUUCGAAGUCGGUGUGUUCUGUGGCACGUACGUCACUCCUGUCGCGAAGGAUUACUUUCAGCAUUUGGAACGCAUUCGCGGCGAGACGAAGAAGAUGAAGGUCAUGGAGAAGGCGGUGCAGGCUGUUGUGCAUGGUACGGCCACGAACAAGGAGAUCAAGAUGGCGGCGAAUGGAGUGGACGUUGAUGAUCGCGGGGAGGUCGUUGCUAGGGACAGCGGCUCUGAUGUUCAGCUUUUUGCUUUUCGACACCACGGGGCGCAGGCAUGUGAAGACAUUUGA